UAAUACAAAGAUCUACGAGAGUUCGAUAGAUGGCAUUAAAUAGAGACAGACAUCGACCCGUCUAACCUACCCGUCGGCUAACGAGGUUGGAAGCUCGACAAGAUAACCGAAGAGAAGACUGCGACCAGUUCACGACCGAGAACGGGUUCGUUUGUGGCAAAAAAAUACCGCGGUUUCAAAAUAACUUUUAGGGCGAUCGAAAUGAAAACUCUAAGCUGUCCGCCGUCCAAUCGGUUUUUCCGGUCGUCGUCGCUUUUUCGGCCUAUUAUUUUGUUCGCCGGUUUACUAUUGUCGCCGACCACCACAUUGCAGACCACAGACAACACUACUGAAACAUCGUCAUAUCCCUGGAAAAUCUGGAACAUGUACACAAAUGUCAGUAUGUCCACCGUGGACAUCAUCAAGAAAAACGGAUACGCCGCCGAGAUCCACCAUGUCAUCACGGAGGACGGUUACAUCCUUGAAUUGCAUCGCAUCCCCAGCAGCAAGAGCGGACAGAAGCCUACCAGAAAUCAUCCUGUCUUCUUCCAUCACGCGUUUCUUUCGAAUUCGGCCGGAUGGGUGCUCAGCGGAGCUAACACAUCUCUGUCCAUGCAACUCGCCGACGCAGGAUACGACGUGUGGUUGGCAAACAGUCGUGGUAACACUUAUAGUAGAAAACACGUGUCACUGAACUACAAGCAAAAAUCUUAUUGGAAUUUCAGUUUACACGAAAUCGGAACGUACGAUUUGCCGGCUGCGUUCGACUAUAUCCUGAUGACGACAAACGCCUCGCAACUCCACUACAUAGGUUAUUCUAUGGGCACCACUGUGUUUUUCAUCAUGGCUUCGGCAAGACCCGAAUACCAGUCGAAAAUCCGAUCGCAAAUAAGUCUCGCGCCGGUAGCGUAUUUCACUCACUUGAGGUCGCCGAUAAGAUACAUGGCUCCAUAUGCGAGAAUGAUGAACAUCGCUUACCAAAGAUUGACGAACGGAAUGGUUCUGCCGCAGACGAGGAUGAAAAAGAUUUUCGCGUCGACCGUUUGUGCGGGGAAAAUGAUGCAGAAACUGAUAUGCCAAAGGGGAUUCAUUUUUUUCAUCUGUGGCAGUGACCCGAAAUACUUUAAUACCAAAUUGAUCCCGCUGAUCAUGGGACACUUUCCGUCGGGAACGUCAUCCAUGGUUCCCGAUCAUUUCGCGCAGAUCAAAUUGAAAGACGCUUUUGGUCGGUACGAUUACGGUCCGGUCACUAACGUGGAAAGGUACAAUUCCACCGAGCCUCCCAAGUACGAUCUGACAUCGAUCCAGGUGCCCAUCACGUUGAUGUACGGGAAAAACGAUUUGGUGGCCGACGUCCAGGACGUGAUGAAACUGAAGUCACAACUGCCCAGACUGAUAGAUGCCGUGAUGAUCGACAAUCCGUACUUCAACCACUUGGACUUUAUGUGGAGCAUAGAAGUCAAUGAACGCGUCAACGAUCCGAUCAAGGAAAUGUUGCGGAAGACCGACGAUAUGAACUGGGAGUACACGGGGCCAAAUCUUCCGCAAUCGAAGGAUAUUUUCAAUGUCAGUGGCAAUGUCAGUGAUGGCUAUAUCGGUGCCAGUGCUGGAAAUGUCAAAAUCAGCGACAGUGGACAUUUCAAUAUCAGUGACCGCGGUGAAAAUUUAAAUACCAGUGACAGUGGAAAUGUCAAUAUCAGUGACAGUGGAAAUGUCAAUAUCAGUGACAGUGGAAAUUUCAAUAUCAGUGGCAGUGCGCAUUUUAAUAUCAGUGAUAGUGCAGGCGAUGUCGGUGGCAGUGGAGAUGUCAGUGGAAGUGGAGGUACCGGUAGCACUGGCAAUAUCAGUGGAAAUGUCAAUAUCAGUGACAGUGGAAAUUUCAAUAUCAGUGACAAUGCAGGCGAUGUUGGUGGAAGUGGAAAUGUCAGUGGAAGUGGAGGUACCGGUAGCACUGGCAAUAUCAGUGGCGGCAGUGUUGCACCAUUGGAUUUGGAUUACUUUGCGAAAAACUUGGGCAAGAUAAUCGCGGACGCUAUGCCAAAGCCGAUGGACCGCGAAGAUGAUGCAGCUGACUUUGAACGGGAACGGAUCCUGCAAGAGACAUUGUUGGCGGACUCCAUCGAGUUUGUUCGGUCGGUCCAAAAGAAGUACGGAUCGAAGCUGGUCUGGCAAGAGUCAUCGACGCGUGCCACAGGUGACCGUUGGAGAAUCGAACAGGUCAUCAAGAGCCCAAAUAACGCUGACUGAUGAACGUCGGGUGAGCCGUGAGCGGCGUAAAGUUUAAAUUCGUCUCUCAAGAUGUCGCCCAUCGAAAUAAUACUAUACACUAUAAUAAAAUAUAUUUUAGUAUUAUAAUAAGCUAUAAGUCUACAAAAACAAUAACAGCAACUCUCCGAGUAGGUAAGGCACUAGGUUGUAUAUAUUAUAUUUAAUAUUUAUACCCAAUAUGAAUACGGCGUAGAAACCUACCCAUGUAAUAUAUACACGCGUAUUUGUAUUUUUAUAUUUAACUAAAAACCGUGGUACAGCUGGUAGGUACAUCAACAGUUUCGGAAUCUAUUCUUUUCGACAGUAUUUUCAAUCUUUUUGAUACAUACACUCAAGGGCAAAAAAAGAGUUAAAAAGUAAAAGUUAAGUUAAUGUUAACUUUUUAACAUUUAAUUUGUAUUAACUUAACUGAUUUUUAUUGAUAUAAACUUAAUAAAUAACGAGUUAAUUCUAAUCAAAUCCAAGUUACGAUAAUUUAUAAAUAAUUAAAUGAUAAAUAUAAUACAAUUAGUAUUAUAGAUGAUACACAUGUUGCGUAAACACUUACUUUUUAUUAUUUAAACCAUAUUAAGUACCUACUGCAGGUUAUUUAAAAAUUAAAAAAAAAUAAUAACUCAAUUUAAAUUAAUAAGUUAACUGUAAGUUUCCAUAUAACUUUUAACUUAACUGAGUUAUAAAAAAAAUUAGGGUAUAAAUUGACUUUUUAAAAUUGUCGAUCAACUUAACUUAACUCAAUAAAAAAUUAUCAUUAACUUGCCCAGGCUUGCAUACACUAGUGAUUUUACUUGGGCGUUGUGCGCUGUGGGUGGUUCAUUACCGUGUUAAAAAUUAGAAUAUUAUAAAAGGGCUUAUCAAAUUAUUUCUUAUUAUUGGAGCCUCCCCCCCCCCUAAAAAAAAAAAAUGUAAAUUUGUACUGUCGAGGUAUAACUUUUAUUUUACAGAUUACCUAUAUUUUUUUAUAUUUUUCUACACGCAUAGUUACGAUGUUCAAAAUUUGCAAUGUCAUUCUAACCUUAACCGUUUAAUUUCAAUUAAUAUUUCGUAUACAGUAUACUAUAAUUAGUUAGGAUAGGUUAGGUAAUAUUAUACAAUAUCGUUUUAAGUGUCAAGCAGGUGUGGCGUAAUGAGCUCACUGUUUAUUUAAUGUGAUAUCUACUUAAAGUAAAACAAAAUUUGAUGACAAUCCACUGCAGUUAAAUGAUAUUAUAUUAUGCAGUUUCCAUGCAUAUAAAUAAUCAUAAUUUAGAAGUGUUAAACUUUUUAUUGUUUAUCUACUUUUACAUUUUAAGAAACUUAUGUGAAAUCAAAAAAAAAAUUUCCGAAGUUUUAUUGAGAGUGGAUAGUCUGGUCCACACGACCACACCGUAGCAUGGAUUGUACCUAAAAAAAUGUAUAUAAUUAUGUAGGUACCUAUUUAUAUUUGUAUUUAUAUUCAUAAUAUAUUAAUUGUUGGACUCAAAAGUUGUACGGUUAUUAUAUUUUCAAUUAAAAAAUGACCACACACGAAUAGUUAUUGAUUCAAUUAUGACCUCGACGUGAUGCGACAAAUAAUACUAUAAAUUUAUAAAUUAUUUAUAAAUUUAUAGUAUUAUAAUUAAUAUGAUAUUUUAUUUACUAAUAAUGUUCAUGAUUAUUGAUUUAUUUAUUACCUAUCGUAUUUAACGACCAUCGCAUUUUUUCGCGUAAGCCCUAAUCGGUGGAUAGUAAUAUGUUUGAUCGCUUGAACAAUAAAGGCGUAUGAAAUGUUUUUUAUUUCCACACGUACCAUACUUUUUUAACUGUGACUCACUUUAGGCUUUUCAC